AUGUCACAGAAUAUUUCAAAACAAGAAAGGUUAUCACUACCACAAUCUGGAACUAACCAAAUGCCGAAUCUUGGAACUCCUAACCAACCAAAUAAUCCUCCACCACAGAAAAAUACUAUGCAAUCUGAUGUUUCAGAUAUGCUUGCACAAAACCAGAAAAACUUACAACAUUUGUACUCACUUCAGAGUAGUAUAAAUACAGUGAAUAAUGCUUUAAAUAAUGGUUCCAACGAUGGUGAUGGAAAUACUCAACAAAUACCCUAUUAUCUUCAGCUGAAACAAGCUUACAAUAAUGAAGAAUUAAAUGAGCCAGACAAUGAAUUAGAGGACGGAACUAAACCAAUAAACCAGAGUAAAGGUGCUCCGCAUUCAGGCUCCAAUAAUUUAAGGUACAAUAGUGUAUCAAGUAAUGGCAAUGGCAAUAUUUCGAGCAAUAAUAAACUAAGCUUAAGUCCCAGCAACAAUAUAAACCGAUAUAACAGCAUGAACAGUAUAAAUAACAGAUAUAAUAGUAUUACUAGUAACAAUAAUUCCAAUAGCAACAAUAACAAUAAUAAUAAUUCCAAAACUCCAACACAUUCGUUGACCUCAAAUAUUCAAUUCCAAGGUAAAAACUCAUUAACAUCGGCUUCUAUUAAAUCAAGGGCACGCUCAUCAUUCCAAAGGCAAAGGUCAAAACAAGUGGCAUUAUCAAUGAACAAAAAUAAAAAAUAUGAUCCGAAAAAUCCUUUGGUUAUUAUUAUCCCUUAUUCUGCACAACCCACAGAGAUACUUGCGUCAAGAUUUGAUGCUUGGAGAAAUGUGAUAAAAUCUUUAAUAACUUAUUUAACAGAAACAUCUUCAAUCCAGGAUGAAAUUGUAAGGCAGCAGUUACGUUUAACUCAUGCCAUACAAUUUCCAUUUUUCUCUCUCGAACAGCAUAAUCCUCAAGGAAAUGAAGCUAAAGCCAACCAAAAAUUCUUCCUUCCUUUAGGUCAUGGAUCAAUUCAAGAUUUACCUACUAUCUUAAACCAAUAUCAUGGAUCUCUCGCGACUAAUGCUUCUAAAAUGUCUAAAGAAUUAACUAAUGAGGUGAUUCCUAGAUUAGAAUAUUUGAGAAGAGAUUUAUUAAUAAAGAUAAAGGAAAUUAAAUUACUAGAAUCAGAUUUUAAAAAUAGUUGUGGUAAAGAGUUACAACAAACUAAACAAGAUAUGAAAAGAUUUCAAGAUUCUGUCGAAGAAUGGAAUAAUCUUUCGAAAGUGAAUGAUAUAGCGGCUGCUACUCAAACCAAUACAAACAAAAACAAAUAUCAAGAUCCAUAUAUUACAAAAUUAAUUUUAGAUAAACAAAUUAAAAGACAAAUUACAGAAGAAAAUUUUUUACACGAAGCAUUUGAUAACCUAGAAUCUUCAGGGUGUGAAUUAGAAAAAGUUGUUGUUAUGGAAAUCCAAAAUGCACUAACAAUUUAUGCAAAAUUAUUAGGCCAGCAGUCACAAUUAGUUUUCGAUUCUUUAAUCUCUAGAUUAGACAUGGGAUUCUUUUCUAAAGAUCCUCAAUAUGAAUGGGAUGACUUCAUUGAAAGGGAUUCAAAUUUUAUUGAACUAGAUUUACCUCAGAGAAAACUACAGAUGAUUAACUAUAAAAAUCAAUUUGAUCCUUUUACAUAUGAGAUUAGAUCUGGAUAUUUGGAGAAAAGAUCUAAAUUCUUAAAAUCUUAUUCUCGGGGCUAUUUUGUCCUAACCCCCUGUUAUUUGCAUGAAUUUAAAACAGCAGAUAGGAAGAAAGAUUUGGUGCCUGUUAUGUCCCUAAAUUUAAUUGAUUGUACUAUUACAGAGAGCUCGAAAAAAGAAUUAAAUGAAAAUAAAUUUAUUUUGCAUGAAAAACAAAACGGUUUGAUCAAAAGGGGUCAUAAUUGGGUUUUCAAAGGUGAAACAUAUAAUAUCAUGAUGCAAUGGUUCCAAGACUUAAAAACUAUUACUCAAAUAAAUAAUAUCGCUGACAGAAAGCAAUACGUUUGUAACCGAUUAAAUUUGGAUGAAAGUGGUAAACCUAUUAUAUUGAGACAUAGCAGUACUCAUACUACAAAGGGAGCUAGUAAUAAUACUGCCAACAAUAACCAUACAUCUAUGAAGAAUAUUAGAGUUUCUAGCACUGCCUCAAAUGGAACAGUUAAUCAUUCUAAGAUCAAAUCUCCAAUCACGAAUUCUACCAAUAAUUCAGCUGGAGGUAAUUAUAACAAUACGACGUUAGCUAAUAACAGGGGAGUUAGUAAUAUAUCAACAAAAGCGGAGAAAGCUUCAAUAACAAUAACUCCUGUGACUACAUCUGAUAAUAAUGAAAACUAUAAUAUCAAUAGAGUUUCUAAUUCCUGUUCGACUGCAGGAAAUACUUCUAGUAACAUCAAUCUUACUACAAUGGUCUCAAAUUCUACUAUUACUAAUCAUUCUACUCCAUCAGUAAAUGCACCACCUAUUCCAUCAUCUGGUGAUAUAAGUACACCAUCUUCUAGGAAAUAUAGAGAUAGAACAAAUACAUCUACAAGUAUUACAACGAAUAACUCUACAAACGAAAUGACUACUAAUACUUCUACUUCUACUCCGAACGUUACUAAGACAGUUGAAGAAAACUAUCGUAAUCUUGAAGAGAAUAAUGAUUCUUUUGUCUCGGUAAAUAAUGUUUUGAACGGAACAAUUCCAAGUUCUUCUAGUCAUACUACUGAUAAUCCAUCUGUCACUCUAGGCUAUGCAACUUCUGGUUUGACAAAUGCAAGUAUGAAAAGUACUACCACCCUAGAAAUUAAUACAGCAACUUCGGUGAAUACUAAUUCGAUUACUACUUCUACUACUACUAAUAAUAAUAAUCUGAAUUCAAGAAGUAUUAACCCUUUUAUUCAAACCACUAUUAGUACUCCCACCACCGGGACCAAUGAAAAUCUUAUGAUCGAUACCCCACCUACAACUGCAACAUUAAAUUCCCCAUAUCAAAAAAUUUCAAGUAGCAAUAACAACAGUCCACGCAUCAAUACAGUCCGGCCAACUGUCAAUACUAAUUCGACAGGAAAUUCAAGUGUAAGCGGUAAUAGUGGUAACAAUAAUAAUAAUCUAGUAAAUUCAAAAGUACCAAUUGUUCAACAACAAGCCCAACUUCAACAUCAAGCCCAACUUCAACAACAAAUACAAAAAUCCUCUCAGCAUCAAUCUCCAAAUGGAGUAAAUAAUAUGAACCGUUCCCGAGCUAGUAGUGCCAAUGGAUACCCUGCUAACGUUAUGAAUGCUAGUAUAGGAAUGAAUCCAAAUAUUAAUCAUAUUAAUACACGUUCACGUACAAAUAGUAACGUCGUGUCAAUUAAUAGUACAACAUAUAGUACUACUGCAAGCUCACCUGUGACUAAUUCAUCUGAAAAUCAUGUGAACAAUACUAAUAUUAGUCUUAAACACAAAAAUAGUCCUAAUAUUCAAAAAAUUAAUAGCUCUACUUCUGGAACUGCUUCUUUGAAACAGCAACCACAACAACUACAGCAAUUAGCUCCAGCGCAAAUAAUCCAACAAACAUUACCAACACAACAAGUGCAACAAUUACCCCAAGUACCAUUGCAGUCACCACCACUUCAAAAAGCACCAUCAAUUCCAAUGCCCCAAUUGAAGCAGACACAAUCUCAAUCUCAACAAAAACAGCAAGUACUACAGCAACAACAGCAGCAGCAAUUAUCAUCUAAACAAAAUGCUAGAUCAAAGAUCCCUUUGCACAAUCAAUCUCAACACUCCGGCCAACAUAAUGGCAUACAUAGUCAUACUAGUCAUGGCCACACACAAAGGCAGCCUUCAUCCCAUGGACGUAAUCACAAGCGAAUGAUGAGUACAGGAAGUAGUAAUAGCCAAACUACCAAUAUUACCAUGACCAAAAGCAAUACAUUAUCUCAGCAAUCCACCAAUAAGGGAGGUAAUUCGCCACAACAACAUUAUUCUUAUCAUUCAUCGCAACAGCAACAGCAACAGCAACACUCAAGUACUAGGUUGAAUCAUACUAAUAGUGCCCCUAGCAGUCCAAUAGCUAAGAACCAAUCAAAAACAACAGGAUCCAGUUCUAAAUCUUCCAGCAACGCCCUUAAAUCAUUUUUAUUACAAAAGAAAAAUAAUAAAGCUUAG